GUCCAGGUGAAAGUCGGGGCUUUGCGCGCAGUUACAAAAUACCUAUCAUGGACCCGAACGGAUCCGGGCCUCAGGGUUUUCCGGAGCUGAAGAAUGAUACAUUCCUUCGAGCUGCCUGGGGAGAAGACACCGACUACACUCCGGUUUGGUGCAUGCGGCAGGCAGGCCGCUACUUACCAGAGUUUCGGGAAACUCGGGCGGCUCAAGACUUUUUCAGCACUUGCAGGUCCCCAGAGGCCUGUUGUAAACUCACUUUGCAGCCACUGCAUCGCUUCCCUUUCGAUGCUGCCAUCAUCUUCUCUGACAUACUCGUUGUACCCCAGGCACUGGGCAUGGAAGUGACCAUGGUGCCUGGCAAAGGGCCUCGCUUUCCAGAGCCUUUGCGAGAAGAGCAGGACUUGGAGCGGCUCCGGGACCCAGCAGCUGCAGUCGCUGAGCUGGACUAUGUGUUCCAGGCCAUUACCCUCACUCGACAGCGGCUGGCUGGUCGGGUGCCACUGAUUGGCUUUGCUGGUGCCCCGUGGACUCUGAUGACGUACAUGAUUGAGGGUGGUGGCUCAAACACCAUGGCUCAGGCGAAGCGCUGGCUCUACCAGAGACCGCAGGCCAGUCACCAGCUGCUUCGUAUCCUCACUGAUACUAUAGUCCCUUACUUGGUGGGACAGGUGGCUGCCGGUGCCCAGGCAUUGCAGCUCUUUGAGUCCCACGCAGGGCAUCUUGGCCCACAGCUUUUCAGUACAUUUGCACUGCCCUACAUCAGUGACGUGGCCAAGCGAGUGAAGGCCAAAGUGAAGGAGGCAGGCUUGGCACCAGUGCCCAUGAUCAUCUUUGCUAAGGAUGGACAUUUUGCCCUGGAGGAGCUGGCUCAAGCUGGCUAUGAUGUGGUUGGACUUGACUGGACAGUGUCCCCAAAGAAGGCCCGGGAGCGCGUGGGAAAAAGAGUGACACUGCAGGGCAACCUGGAUCCCUGUGCCCUGUAUGCACCCAAGGAGGAAAUCGGACGACUGGUACAGAAGAUGCUGGAUGACUUUGGGUCCCAGCGCUACAUUGCUAACCUUGGCCAUGGGCUCUACCCUGAUAUGGACCCGGAACACGUGGGGGCCUUUGUGGAUGCUGUGCACAAGCACUCACGUCUUCUUCGAAAGAACUAAACUGGGGCUGGAGCAAUAGCAUAUUGGUUAGAGCUUUCGCCUUGCAUGCGGGUCUGACCCGGGUUUGAUCCCCAAGCCUGCCAGGAGCGAUUUCUGAGCAGAGCCAGGGGUAACCCGAGCCCCGUUGGAUGUGGCUCAAACAAAACAAGACAAAACAAAAAAAUAUGAAAGAACUGAGUGUGCUUACCUUCAAGUACUACUAAUACAGAUUGUGUUUCCAUGAGAAUAAACAUCCCAAAGCCAGAA